AUGGAGGUCGUGCUGUCAGCCUCAGGGGGACCCCAGCUGCUGCACUUGGGGGCUGGGGUCAUCACUCUGCUGUUGACGGUGGUGGCCGUGUGCUCCCUGCCCUCCCUGAUGGGUUACUGCAGGCGAUGGUGGGUGAUGAAGCUGAUCCCGGGCAUCAGCCCCUGCUACCCUGUGCUGGGAAAUGCUCUGCUCUUGGAGCGGGAGGGAGAAGGUUUUUUUAAACAGCUACAAACUCACAUUGAAGAGUUCAGGAGCUGGCCGUUGUUCAAACUUUGGAUAGGACCAUUGCCUCUCCUGAUUUUGUAUCACCCUGACAGCGUGGAGGCUAUUCUGAGCAGUUCGAAACAUAUAGAAAAAUCAUACCUGUACAAAUUCCUGCAGCCGUGGCUGGGCACUGGACUUCUGACGAGCACUGGAGAGAAGUGGCGGUCGCGGAGGAAGAUGAUAACUCCCACGUUCCACUUCACAAUCUUAACUGACUUUCUAGAUGUUAUGAAUGAACAAGGAGGUAUUUUGCUGGAGAAACUUGAGAAGCAUGUUGACAAGGAACCAUUUGAUGUCUUUCUGGACAUCACUCUGUGUGCCCUUGAUAUCAUCUGUGAAACGGCGAUGGGCAAGAAUGUAUGUGCUCAGGAGAAUAAGGACUCAGAUUAUGUUCGUGCUGUCUACAGGAUGAGUGAUCUAAUCCAACAGCGACAGAAGAGCCCUUGGCUUUGGCCUGAUCUUGUACAUAUGCUGUUCAAGGAAGGAAGAGAGCAUGAGAGGAACCUCAAGAUCCUUCACAAUUUUACAGAUACAGUCAUUGCAGAGAAAGCUGCAGAACUUGAAAACACCAAGCAAACGGAGCAUGGAACUGAUGGCAACGGUGAAGAAAGUGGCUCCAAAAAGAGAAAAGCUUUCCUGGACAUGCUGCUGAGUGCAACAGAUGAGGCAGGGAACAAAUUGAGCUACAGGGACAUUCGUGAGGAAGUAGAUACUUUCAUGUUUGAGGGCCAUGAUACAACAGCAGCUGCUAUGAACUGGGCCCUCUACUUGCUUGGACAUAAUCCUGAAGCCCAGAAGAAGGUUCACAGAGAACUGGACGAGGUGUUUGGCGACACUGAGCGUCCUGUUACAAUGGACGAUUUGAAGAACCUUCAGUACCUGGAGUGUGUUGUGAAAGAAGCACUUCGGCUCUUCCCUUCAGUUCCGCUGUUUGCCCGUACCUUGAGAGAGGAUUGCUGUAUUAAAGGAUACAAGGUACCAAAAGGCACCAAUGUUGUUGUCAUAACUUACGCCCUGCACAGAGACCCCGAGAUCUUCCCUGACCCGGAGGAGUUCAGGCCUGAGCGAUUCUUACCUGAAAAUUCGAAGGGAAGGCACCCAUAUGCUUACGUGCCCUUCUCGGCUGGUCCUAGGAACUGCAUUGGUCAGCGCUUUGCACAAAUAGAGGAGAAAACUCUUCUAGCCCUCAUCCUGCGGCGCUUUUGGGUGGAGUCAUGUCAAAAGCCCGAAGAGCUUGGUAUGACUGGAGAACUUAUUCUUCGUCCAAAUAAUGGUAUCUGGAUUAAGCUGAAGAGGAGGCCAAACAGUGGAUCAGAAUGA